CGGCAGACUGGGGAUAACAACAACAACAGAAAAAGAUAAAGGGAGGGGGCUCGCACAAAAAUUCGGGACGUUUUCUGCUUCUUCGGCUUUUUUUUUUCCUCCUUUUUAACCAUCAUCUCACCGGAGACGAUCGAGACGGCUUUUGGUGCCUGAUUUUCUUCUCUCCCCUUCUCCUCCUUCUCUUCAAAACAAAAGGGGGCAAAGGAAAGAAAGGGAGCCACCGGAGCCCGAGAAAGUGCCGAGUCGCGGCAGACCUGCCCCCUGCCCCUGCCGCUGCUGCUGCUGCUGCUGAUGGUGAUGAUCCAGUGACUACAGCGGAGAAGUGCAAGAGGAGUGGGAAGUGCUCAAACUUCUCCGCUUGCCGGCUCCGAGCCUCCUCUCCUCCUUUUCCUCUCCCCCCCAACCCCCCCUCUGCCUGCCCAGCAGCAGCGAUUUGGGAUUUUCGCCUCUCUCUCUCCUUCCAUGUGCUCCCGGCUCUUCCCUGCAGAGAAACACAAAGUUCACACGCGAGCGGCUUUUGUUGACAUCCUUACCUCUCCCACCCACACUUGACUCGCGCUCGGGAGGGACAACUCGCCUCUUCUCUCUCUCUCCUCUCCCUCUCCCCCUCUCCCUCCUUCUCCCCCCGUUCCUGUUAUCGCCACCGCUGCUCGCUCCGCCGCCGCCGAGCCAGGCAUGCUGCGGGGGCUGCUCUCCCUGCUGCUGGCCGCCCAGCUGCACCUCGCCGCGACCCAGCCGCCGGCACCUGCCGCCGGAGCCCGGCCGCCGCCGCCGCCUCCCCCGUCCCGUCGCGGCCCUCCCCCGGGGCCGCCCCGCGGGGCCAACGGCGUCGUGCAGCGCCUCGACCCGACCUACGCGGGGGGCGGCAGGGCGGGCUACGUCCUCUACGCCGGCGGCCGCCGCUUCCUCCUCGACCUGGAGCGCGACGAGGCGCUGGGGGCUCGGGACGGGACCCCGGCUCGCUGUUCCUACCGCGGCACGGUGGACGGCAGCCCCCGCUCCCUCGCCGUCUUCAACCUCUGCGGCGGCCUCGACGGCUACUUCGCCGUGGGGCGCGCCCGCUACACCGUGAAGCCGGCGCGGCGCGGCGGGGAGGCGGCCGGCAUCUACGGGGAGAGCCCGGCCCGCGUCCCCCACCUCUUCCGCAGGGACCGCUUCAGCUUCCAGGCGCUGCCCGCCCGCCACAGCUGCGGGACCCGCGACGCGGUGGCGGUCGAGGGGGCGGCGGGGGGCGGCCGGAGGCGGCGGCGGCGCCGCUCCGUCUCCCGGGCCCGGCAGGUGGAGCUGCUGCUGGUGGCCGACGCCUCGAUGGCGCGCAAGUACGGCAAGGGGCUGCAGCACUACCUGCUCACCUUGGCCUCCAUCGCCUCCCGGCUGUACGCGCACGCCAGCCUGGAGAACCACGUGCGGCUGGCCGUGGUGAAGGUGGUGGUCCUGGGCGAGAAGGAGAAGGGGCUGGAGGUCAACCGGAACGCUGCCACCACCCUCAAGAACUUCUGCAAGUGGCAGCACCAGCACAACCGCCUCGACGACGACCACGACGAGCACUACGAUGCCGCCAUCCUCUUCACACGCGAGGAUUUAUGUGGGCAUCAUUCAUGUGAUACUCUGGGAAUGGCAGACGUUGGGACCAUAUGCUCUCCUGAGCGCAGCUGUGCAGUGAUUGAAGAUGACGGCCUCCAUGCAGCUUUUACAGUGGCUCACGAAAUUGGCCACUUGCUUGGUCUCUCCCAUGAUGACUCCAAAUUUUGUGAGGAAAACUUUGGCUCCAUGGAAGAUAAGCGCCUAAUGUCCUCCAUUCUGACUAGCAUUGAUGCUUCCAAACCCUGGUCCAAAUGCACUUCAGCAACUAUAACAGAGUUUUUUGAUGAUGGUCAUGGUAACUGUUUGCUGGACCAACCAAGAAAGCAGAUCCUGGGCCCCGAGGAGCUUCCAGGGCAAACCUAUGAUGCCAUUCGUCAGUGCAAAUUGGCAUUUGGAUCCGAAUACACAGUGUGUCCUGGUAUGGAUGUGUGCUCUCGCCUGUGGUGUGCAGUUGUUCGUCAAGGUCAGAUGGUAUGUCUGACUAAGAAGCUGCCUGCUGUGGAAGGGACACCAUGUGGAAAAGGGAGGAUAUGCCUCCAGGGAAAAUGUGUUGACAAAACGAAGAAAAAAUACUACUCAGCAUCAAGCCAUGGUAACUGGGGGUCCUGGGGACCUUGGGGACAGUGCUCCCGUACCUGUGGUGGAGGCGUUCAGUUUGCGUAUCGUCACUGCAACAAUCCAGCUCCUAGAAACAACGGCCGGUACUGCACUGGCAAGAGAGCCAUCUAUCGCUCCUGCAAUGUCACACCCUGCCCAGCAAAUGCUAAAUCUUUUCGACAAGAGCAGUGUGAAGCAAGGAAUGGCUAUCAGUCUGAUGCAAAGGGUGUCAAAACAUUUGUUGAAUGGGUCCCCAAGUAUGCUGGAGUGCUUCCUGGAGAUGUUUGCAAGCUCACCUGCCGAGCCAAAGGAACUGGCUAUUAUGUGGUAUUUUCUCAAAAGGUAACUGAUGGUACUGAAUGUCGACCAUACAGUAAUUCGGUCUGCGUCCGGGGAAAAUGCAUCCGAACUGGUUGUGAUGGCAUCAUCGGUUCAAAGCUCCAGUAUGAUAAGUGCGGGGUAUGUGGAGGAGACAAUUCCAGCUGCACAAAGGUCAUGGGAACCUUUACCAAAAAGAGUAAGGGCUACACAGAUAUAGUGAAAAUCCCAGAAGGGGCAACUCACAUCAAAGUUCGGCAAUUCAAGACUAAGGACCAGAGCAGGUUUACUGCCUACCUGGCCCUGAAAAAGAAAAAUGGUGAGUACCUUGUCAAUGGAAAAUAUAUGAUCUCCACUUCAGAAACAAUCAUUGACAUCAAUGGGACUGUCAUGAACUAUAGUGGCUGGAGUCACAAAGAUGAUUUCUUGCAUGCGAUGGGACACUCUGCGACAAAAGAGGUUCUUAUUGUGCAGAUACUUGCGACUGACCCAACUCAACCCGUGGAUGUACGUUACAGUUUCUUCGUGCCAAAGAAGCAAGGGCAAAUGACUAACUCUGUCACCGGCAGUGGCAGCAACAGCAAAGUAACUCCACAGCUCAUGCAACCCCGGUGGGUUACGGGGCCAUGGCUUUCUUGUUCUCGAACAUGUGACACAGGAUGGCACACCAGGACUGUCCAGUGCAAAGAUGGGCAUGGAAAACUAGCUAAAGGAUGUCUUCUCUCUCAGAGACCGUCAGCAUUUAAACAGUGCUUGUUGAAAAAGUGUUAACCUGUGGUUGUGAUCUUCUUUAAAAGAGGUUUGAUGAAGCCAUUUUUGACAUACCGGUAUUAGGUCUGCCCAGACAGAGAGAAGCAAAGGCUUCGAUGUACUUACAUAUAGUCUCAAAUUAUGGGCAGAAUCUGCCUAUUUGGACCAAAUGAAGAUGUGCACUGCUUUAAAAAAUAGUAGGGUGAUCUUAAUAUGUCAAAAACCUAAGCAUUAAAGUUGUUAUAAGCCCUCUGCGUCUGCAAAAACAUAAAAUAAAAUAAUAAAAAAGAAGAAAAACUAGUGAAUGGAGGAUCCUGGGAUAUUUGAAGGUUACAGAAUCAUCUCCCCAUUUUUCACCUACCUCUAAUACAGUAUGUCCUUAGAAAAUGUCACUUGUACCCAUGAUACCACAGUAGCUUAUUUUAUACUGUUUUGUAAAUAUAUUUGAUUUGGUAUGUCACUUUAUAUCACUUGGUUCUAUUAAAAAAAAAAAAGACAAACUAUAUAAGCAAAGUGAUUGACCAAAGUAUAUCUACAGCCCUGUGGACUUGGUCCAGUCUUCAGAAAUGGCUGCAGAUGUUUUACUGGAAAAUGAAGAGCUUGCUGCUGGUUUUAAAAAGUAAUACUUUUUGGUUUUGACAAAAGGAAAUGCAUUUUUGUUCCAGGAAUUUCCUGACAGCAGAUCAUAAUUCUGACAAAUACUGUGUUUCCACCAAGAAAUUCUCAAAAGGAGCAUUGCAGCAGUUCACAGACCAGGGAUCCCCACAAGUACAUUGCUUAAAUACCAGCACCAUCAGCAGCUCCUUACUAUGUGUAUGUCACACACACAUAACAGGAGGAUUUGGCUGCUAGAAAGAAUGUGUAUACCUUCGACUUAGUAAACUUUCCAUUAGCUCCAGCUGUGUCACAGCACGGGGUCCUUCUUGUCGAUGAACAAUAGCUGCUAGUUCCUUUUAUCCACAAAACAAAGGCAUACUGUAUUUUGUAGAAACUAGUUAGAGAACCAAAAAUUACAGGUAAGAUAAACAAGUGUCUUCUAACUCAGAUAUUCUGAGGCUGUAUACAACUGCUUUCUCUGUUAUUUUCUCUAUGGCUUCCACCUUGAAUCUAACAAUGUGUAAUGCACCUACAUCUUUUGAAGAGGCUGUAAAGGUCGGAAAACACAGCAAGCAGUUAAUAUUUUAUCACUGUUUUGUCCAUCAUGUCUAACUCUGGUAUUCAUCUUACCAGCAAAAGUUUGUAACUAUUUGUCUUUUUGUUUGUUGAUUUUUUUUGUUUGUUUUUAUUUUUUUUAAGCUGUAGAACUUAUUCAUAUUUUGUAUAUCUACCACAUUUGGGAGGCAGAGGGGUCAUUAGAAAGUCAAACCACAUCAGGAUGUGGAAGACUUACCCAAUAUCAAUAAGACUGUUUCCACAGUACAGGCAGUAGCUAGUAAUAAUUUUCUUUGGCAGCAGCUUCUGAAUCCCAUUAUUGUCUGGUUGAAGUUGUGUGACCGAGGAAGGGUAUUUCAACAUAUGCAGGUAACAGGUGGAGGCUUGACACCAACCCUGUUAGAAUUGCUUCCUUUUUAUCAUCAGGGUUUGAAUAAAGCCCUAGAAUAACAGGUACCAAAAGAAAUGGUCAUGAUCUACUAAUGAAAAUAGAAGCCCAUCUGUCUUUUAUUUUUCAGUUCAUCCACCCAGGAGAAUGUAAAACUGUAGGAGCAUUUUCAGACACAACUGUGAGUCAGUGGUAUUUGAGCACUGAACUUCCCUAGACUCUUCUAGGAAAAAUCCCAGUCAUGAAAUCAGUAAAGAAAACAUGUUGGCUUGUGUAGUGAGAAGGUCAGGUCUCACUCCAGGCUGACAUAAACAUGUUUUUGCAACUGAGGCGUGUUUGUGUGAAUUCUAGAAAGCAUGUGAUGAUUUUAAAACAGCAUAGAGUUGCUACAUCUACCAGUAUGAAACUGGAGAAAUAUCUGUUUUUGUACUCUAUUAUAAGUAAACAGGAAUAGGGUUAGGGCCUCAUCCUCCCUAAAACUGAAUUACAAAGGAAUGUUACUAGUCAUCUUCAGUUUUCAAGAAUAGUAUGACCUAAUAGAAGUAGUCCUAUAAAAAAUAUGGGUCUUGAGGAAAAUUCCCUUGUUAAUAACUGACAUCACCCCAUUAACUUAGAUCAAGGCUCUGAAUAUUUGCAAAUUUCUGGAAAGUUAAGAUUUUUGCCUCAUCUAAACAAAUGUUCCAGAACCUCUCACGAAAGUUCGUAGUAAGUAUAAACCAUCAGGAGAGGAAAAAUAAGGAGAUUUAAUGUGCAUAGACUUAAUAUUUGUCUUGGCAUACAGCUGCUUUAUUAAGUGGCAUUUCUUUUUCCUGUGUUUUAUCAGAAAAGAGAAUGUACAAGUAUUUGUGUUUGCAUCAUAGUAGUAAUUUAUUAUUAGUGAACGAAAUGAGUAAAGCUUUUGGAUGCUGCUCAGAUUCCGGAAGAAUACCAUAAGCUGGUAUAAAUUUAAAGCUUUCUUAGAUCAAGACUAUCUUUUUCAUAGAAAGAUUAUUUAUAAAAAUUAAAUAAAUAUGGGAACUAAACAAAGCAAAUAUAUGUGCAAAAGAAGUUUCCUUUAUAUGGUGAGAGGGCAAAGGGGACAGACAAAGGAAGCAAUCCUAAAAAUGCAAGAUGAACUAGACCAGCCUGCUCUGUUUAACACUUGCUUUUUAGCAGAUCUUUGUAAUCAGACUCUAAUUGCCAACCUUGCUUUUUUCAGUCAUAGCUAUUUCGUGUAACUGAUGAAUGAAAAAUCGAUGCGAGGUAUGUGACUUUGUCGUUUCAACUUGUGUUCCGAACUAAAUUCUUUGUUGGUCACACAUUGCUUAUAUUACUACCAAGUCAUGCCAAAUAAGAUUCAUAAAAUGCUUCCUCUGGAUAGAGACACUGUCUAAGAAGCCCAGAGAAUUACUCUGUGCAUGGAAGUAAACAAUAGUCAGUGUUAAACUCACUGCAGGUUUUUUGGGACACAUCUCCAAUGCUUUCAGUGGAGUUUAGCCCCUUAAAAUCUGUGUUCUUCAGAGCAUCUGCUUUUCAAAUAUGACAGCCUUGUUAUGAAAAAGCCUAUCAUCUUUGUUUUGUCUGUAUACCUGAAAUUCAAUUUAGCUGCCCUCCUGUGGAAACAGUUUUAUCACAAGGGAGAGAGGAAAUAAUCUUGUGGAUUAAUCACAAUUGUUAAAAAAAAAGAAAAAAAAAAAAAAGAAAAAAAAAGCAACACAGCACUGAAAAAAAAAUAAAAUAAUUUAUUGUUUUUACAACUGGUAUGUGAACGGAUGUAAUGAAUUUAUUUAUUCUUAUUUAACAAAAAUACCAAUUGUGCAAAUUCUAUAUUUAAAAUGUUUGCUAUCAUCUCUCUCUCUCUUUCUUGCUCUCUCUCUAAUUUAUGCUUCAAAUUUGUGUUGAAAGUACACCUUGUGAGUUUACAUAAUGUAUGGCACUGGUUAUUUUUUUGUUUGUUUUUAUUUAGAAAUCUUUCUGCAUGAAACAGGAGUAUAUGUGUAUACGUGUGUGUACACUGUAUAGAUGUAUAUUCUUUUUUCUGCUACCACCUUAGACAAGUUGUAGAUUUCUAAGUUUGUGACACCUCGUGCUCAAAGGAGCUUUGUUACACUUCAGCUCUAGCUAGCAAGUCUUAGAGGUCUGUGGAUCACCAAAAAAAAAAAUAAAAACACUUCCAUGCUCCUAAAGCGAUCAGACAACAGAUUCCAUAAAGGUGCGAAAGGUGUGUGCAAUUCUUAUGACGCACCUCGGUAAUUUACCACUGAAGGUGGUAAGAGUCCUACCAUUUGCACCAGAUUUGGUUUAUGCAGACUGAACCAUUAAAAAAGCUGCCUUUUCAGUCUUUUCACCAUUUAUAUACUUACAUACAUUUGCUUCAUUAUAUUCCAGCUCAUCACACCACGUCAGGCAAAGUUAGACACUAACAUCCAGCCAAGCAUGCAUUCCAAGUAUUUCCUUGAAAAUAAUGGUAUCUGCUUACUUCCACUGUUCGUCCAGUCCAAAUUCUGCUGAACUCAAGGGAACUUGCACUGGACUCAUUAUGAGGUAAAAAAUGCAAUAUAAAUAAACUCAUAAAAUCAAUUUAUUUAACAAUACAAAUUAUUUCUGUAACCACUUCCCUGUAAGGACAGUAGUACAGACAGCAAAUAAUCUAUUUCAAAUGACCAAAAAGUACCUUUCUCAUUAGUGUCUAAAUUCACACAAGUUAAACUCCAGCUCAGCCUCUGUGCGCACUGUUUCCUGCCGUCAAGGCACUACCCAAGACCCUGAACCAGCCACAAGGCUUUAGAUAAAAUUACAACAACCAAUGGGUAAUGGCCUCCCUUAAGACCCACUCCAAAAUGCCAGGAAAUGACAGUAAGCCUUGACUUUGAUAAUCUUUAGGGCAGGCUUUAAAUAGGAUUCAUAAGGAUGAAACAUUAAUAAUGGUGGGUUUUCAGCAAAACAUUUAGGUGACUGUUUUUUCUCAUGUUCAUGAAUGCUGUGCUGUUUUUUGUCACUGAGGAAGAUGGAGCCUAUGGCAAGAGCCAAAAUUAGAUUUUCUGAGCACGGGCUGCAAUUUUCAGGGGAAAAAAAAAAAAAAAAAAAAAAAAAAAAAAAAAAAAAAAAAAAAAAAAAGUUGCUGAUUUUGAGGUCUUUGUUCCUUUUUUUAAUUAACCGAUUAGUUUUUAUAGAGUUAUGAGAGUACAUCACUGCAUUCAUACUUGCCAUUGGUAACAUUUUCAAUAAGGUUUUUUUGUUGUUUUGUUUUUGUUUUACUCUGGGUACACUGAAUGCCAGCUUGUGUAGUAAAGGUAGUUCAACAUUCUUGUUUCAAAAAACAUUGCUAAUGCAAACAUUUCUGGUUUAUCAUGUGUAGUGGUAAUGACUCUUAACCUGAGACAACUUGUCAGAUAGUCAGUUGGCAUCACAAUAUAUAGCUCUGGGGUAGCUCUGCCAGUUUUCAGUGGCAGCAUACAAACACUGAAAAGCCUCAAACACCUUGUUAAUCUUCUAGGUAAAUGGCUGCAGAACUUCUCUCCAGAUACCCUGUAACAAACAUCUUGAUAGUGUCCGGCCACUCUGCGCAGUACAGAGUUACAGAUUGAACCCAAAACUCACAAUGCUUUUUGCCCUGAAACCUGUCUGCAGAGGCUCACAGUAGCUGUAAGGACACUAAAAACAUUUCCACAUAUGUCAGAUAGAAUCUCGUAUAGUCCGUGUUGAAAUGCAUAGGUGGACACACAGAACUUAGCUAUAGCUAAAUGGAAAUGUAUAUUUUUGUAUGUGCGCUUGCAUAUACAUGUGGAUGUAUAAACAUGUUCACAUACGCAUACACACGAACAAGUAUUUGGGUCUCCAUUAGUCCCAUUCACAGGGCAAAAUAUGUAGGUAUAACUAACACCAGUGCAACUAAAUUCAGAGUAAUUUUUUUUUACAUCAUUUGGCUUUGCAGGAGCUGCUUCAGACGUAUACCACUCUAGGUGACAACAUAGUUUCUCUUGUAAUUUAUAGGAACUGGUUUACACAAUUUAUCGUAUGAACUGUGAAGUUUUCUAAUAGUUUUAUCAUAUGAAACAUACUCCUUGACAGUCAAGCUUAUAUGCAUUGCUAAAAUCUCAUCAGAUAUAGGAAAUAAUACACUGUAUUCAAGUAAAUUGGAGACAGUGUGUAUCCCUGUAUAGCAAUGAAAAAUACUUAAUUUCUAUUGUCAGGUCAUUGCCUAACAUCAGAUAAAAUUAGAGAGGUAUUCUAGGGAAGACUAACAGGAAAGCACAACCUUUAUUUUUUCUUAGAUUAUUUCAUGUGCCUCUUUGUACACUCUAUUGGUGUCAACAUAUUCCGGAAAGUGUCACUUUGUGCAUUAUAGAUAACUUGACUGAAAUACUGGUACCCUUUGAAAACUAAGAUGUGUCACAAAACUUUUUUUCAUUCUAAUUUGUGUCUAAUAUAAGAGAAUUAACAUUUUUAGAGCACUACUAUGUCAGCCAGUUUACACCACAAUUAAUAUGUUAUGCAAAAUAUAAAUUCAUUUGAACUGAAUUGUACAAGGUCUACACUGUACUAUGACACAUUGAAGGCCAAUAUUUUGUUUUGUUAACUAUUACAUAUGUAUAAUUUACCAGUUGUAAUCUUAAAACACUUGAUUCUGUGAUUUCAGAAAAAGUAAUAAAUAUAAACUGUAUCAUAGGUCCA